AUGUUAACUCGAAACGCCUGUAUAUCAUCUUGUUCAUCGCAUUCAAAUUCAAAACAACAACAACAACAAUCACAGUCUACAUUGAAAAAUUCAAUUCAGAUUACACGUAAUACAACGAGAAAACAAGCAAAUGAAAUUGUUGAAAAUAAUAACCUUAAUGUAGACGGAGAUGAAGAAGAUUAUUUUUCAACAGAACGAAAUAAACGUUUAAAAGGCGGUGGAAACGGAAGUCUUAAACGUUCUUCUAUUGAUGAUAAUAAUAAUCAUCAUCAUGAAAUAAGCACCAACAAUAAUAGGAAAUAUAACAAUUCAUGUUCACAAUUAGAUAAUAUUUCAUCUGCACAACAUUGUUCUUCACAGCAUAUAGGAUUAUUAGCUCAUUCACAACGAACACAAUCAUUCAUAACUACUUCAAUGACAUCAAGCCAACCACUCAAAAAACGUUGGUUAGCUAAUCAUGAAAAUUCAGUAGGAGAAUUCAAACAAUCACAGCCAACACAAAAUGGACAUAUGAUCACAGUAAACAAUCAAUUACCAUCCAUAUCAUGUGCAAUGUCACAGCCAUCUUAUUCAGAACUUGAAACAAUUUUAUUUAAUUUGAAAGCAAAUAUAGAUAAAUGUAAUUUUAAUGAUUGGAUCAAUCAAAGCGUUUUAGUUAAAAAACCAAAUUCUGAUCAAAUUUUUACAUAUGUUCCCGGUAAUAUUUAUGGCACAAAUGAGUCAAUUAUUACAAUAAAAACAAAGACUCCAUGCUCUCAAGAAUUAAUUCAGAUUGAUUUACUCAAUGUCCAAGAAUUAUUCGAUAUUAUACUAGACAAUUUACCGGUUUAUACUGAUUUAGAUAUUGGAAAACGGGUUUUAUGUAAAUUAUCAACUGAUCAUACGCAGUAUUAUAUGGGAAUAAUUACAGAUAAAACACAACAACAACAAUUUAGAAUUAAACUAGUGGAUUACAAUAAUGAACAGAUAGUAUUACUAUCAAGACAAUCAUUAAGAUUGGUAUUACCACCGUGGCAUGAAGAAAUUGAAAUAGACUGGAAUUUAGCACUAGAAUUAAUAUUAACGAGAAAAUUAUCACGACCAGUAUCAUCAUCAAUUGAAACAAAGUCAACAACAAUUGAAGACAAUUCAAGAACAAAUAAUGAAGAUUUAACAAAAACGAACAGUAAUGCUCUUCUACCACUUGCGUCUACUAUGGUUUAUCUAUCAUCUCCAAGUGGUGAACAACCAAAAUCAUCGUCUGAAAAUUCAGCAGCUAGUAUUAUUAAUGAUUCAAAUCGAACAGCAACUGCUUCAAGAAACACGACAGAGGAAGAUCAAGAUGAACUAUCAAACGGAGAUUCUGGAACAAUUAAUUUGUUAGGAAGUAAUCAACAAGAUGCGACAGAUUUAUCCACGGCUGCAGCACUCUUGAAUAAUAAAAAUUUUAAAAAAGGCGAUAUUAUUGAAUCAUCAAAUCGUAUUCGAAAAAAAUUUAAUGGUAAACAAUGGCGAAGGCUAUGCUCAAGAGAUAACUGUCCGAGAGAAUCACAACGAAGGGGGUUAUGUUCAAGACAUUUGUCACAAAAAGGUAAAGGAUUAGGUGGAACAUCAUCUAUUCAUCUUCAACAAGCUCUGCCACCACCACAAUUAUUAAUUCCACAUUAUCAACAUCAGUAUCAUCAUUCUGUUUCAUCAUCUCCUGUUAGUACUUCACAAUCAGUGCGUGGUGUUUAUGAUUAUUUUUCUGCUAUGACACCACGUCAACAACAUCACGAUCAAGCAUCAUUUAAUCUUUUAAACUCCUAUCCUAAUCAGCAAACUCAAGUACAACAACUGCUUACCACAUCAAUGUCACCUAGUCUAGUCUCACCAGCAGCCGCAUAUAAUUUACAUCGUGGUUCUUAUUCUGCUCCUCAUUCUCGCACAACAACUCCCAUGCCACCACCGACUACAGUUACAUUGACACCUCUUUCAUCAUCGACAUUAUUUACUAGAGUCAAUUCAAAUUCAUCCACAUCAUGUUUAUCAACUAAUGAGCAGCAAAAACAACAACAACCACGGUUAUUAUUCAUGAACGAUAGAUCGCCGCCUGUACAACAACACAGUACAAGUUUAAUACGAGAUAAACAAUUGCCAACCAGUUAUGAUGAUAAUGACGAAGGACGUCGAGAUAAAGACCUAAGUGGAGCAGUCAAUAUUUCAGAUAAUGGCAUAGGUAAUAUCGUUAGUUGGACAGAUAUUUUGCCGAAAAUCUCAAUCCGAGUGGAUACAACAAAAUCAAAAAUUCAACGACAAAUACCAGUAAUAGAUCCAGAUGGCGAAGAUGACGAUGAUGUUUUUCCAGAGAGGUCUAAUUCAUCUCAUUCUAAUCCGCAACAACAACAGUCAUCAUCUUCAUCUCAACAGCAAUCGACUGAACGAGAACAAUCACAAAAUAAUUACAAUAAUCAAGGUUUAUCUACAGAAACAAAACUGCGACUAACUCCUUCACCGCUGCAGCAAGAUAUAUCUCGUUCACUUCGUCCUCGAAAUUUAUCAUCAAAUACCAACAAUAUUCACGAUAAAUCACAUAUUCGUCGUCCAAUGAAUUCGUUCAUGUUAUUUAGUAAAGAACAACGACCAUUAAUACAUUCAGAGCAGCCAAAUCGUGAUAAUCGUACGGUUAGUAAAAUACUUGGAGAAAAAUGGUAUGCACUAACGAAAAAAGACCGAGAUAAAUAUGAUCUAUUAGCGAAAUCGCUCAGACAAGAACAUUCAAAACAAAAUCCAAAUUAUAAAUGGUCAAGUGGGACAAGAAAACAACAACCAAAAGAACAGAAAACUUCAGUGGAGCAACAAAUAGAACACGAGAACGAAGAAGAAGAAAAUGGUGAUAUGAAUGCAUGUGAAAACGGUGAUGAAAAGGAGGCGAUAACGGAUGCCCAUAUGAGAUUUAGAAUUCAAGAUAAAGAUGAGGAGCAAACUCACAUUUCGCCGUCAAUUUGCUGUUCAACCGUUCCUUCUUCACAACGACAGCAAUAUCAACUAGCUUCAGUAUUACCGUCAUUCUCAAAUAUUUCACAACAAAAUAUAGAAUCUCCAGUAAAUGAUGAAACAAAAUCUGAUCAAAAUGAAUUAUUAACAAAAACUGCAGCAUUAAUUUGUCGACGUUCAGCUCGUUUACAAUGUUUAAAUAACACGGAACUACAGAAACUAACAACGACAGCAAAUUCAGAAAUAUCCGGCUUUGAAUCAUUACAAAAUCUAGCAUCGAUUUGUUCGGAAAUAGCUGAACGUGAACGAGAACAACAAGAGCAAGAACAACAAAGAUCAUCACUUAGUCCCGUAAAUAAAAACAUUGAAAGCGAUUCAUCGAGCCAAUUUAGUCCAAUAAAUAAAGUCAAUGUUAGUGAAAUACAAUUACCACCAAUUCUUCAACCUAUACCGCAGACAGCGUGUCAACAAAACAAUACAACAAAAACUAAUCUCAUAACAACAGGAACAAAAAAUUUAAUUAAUGAUCUUCAUCUUGUCGAUGAUCGAUUUCGUAGUCCAUUACAAUUUAAAGGUACAGCCUUUCGUUUACAUCAAACAUCAUCCGAAAGCAGAGUCACUCAUAGUCAUCCAUCAUCACCGUCAUUUAAUCAGUGUGUACCGUCGUAUGGUGCCCAGUUAUCAUCAUCGUCAAAUCAGCAUUUUUCUUUUCCAUCACCAGCCAUACCACCUCCUAAAUUUCAGAAUAGUCAUUCAUAUUCAUUUGAACAUUCUCAUUCACCUCCGACUUCAUCCACACCGGCAAUAGGAAAACGAUCAAAUCCAACAACAUCUUCGUUACCAACAACAAGACAAACGUCACCAAACGGUAGUAUUGAUGAUGGAAAUGGCAAUGAAAAAAUAAACGAUGAAGACGUGCUUAAUCUCCUGUUGGAACAAUGUAGAAAAAAUAAAUUAUUAGAAGAAAAAUUAAAGCAAUUACAGACCGGUAAUAAUGGAACGUCAACUGCAACUACAUCACAAUCACCGGGGAUCGAAUCUAACAGUGUUACUUCGACAACAACGAAAGAGACACUAAUAUUAAGUGGUCAAUGUGUUUCUUUAUCUGUCACAGCUUCCGGAGCGAAACAAUCGAACAGUAAAAUAUUUAUUUCACCUUUUAAACCAACAGUGCCAUUGAAAAAACAAUCAUUAGCAGAUUAUCGUCGUACUGACGAUUCACAACAACACAUACAACAAACUCAAAACUAUAAUAAUCGUUCAAUACACGUAGCGAAAAAAUUUAAAGAAGAACAACAAUGUCAACAACCAGUUUUUAACUUUUGCCCGAAUGCACUUCAUAACCGUCCGUGUCAGUCACUAUAUCCAUCAGUAGCAUCUACAACAGGAAGUAAUCAUUCGUCCACAUCAUCUGGUCGUUCAACUGGCUAUUCAUCUGGAUCUAGUUCAAGUAGCAGCUCUUGUUCAUUGGAAGCAACCAGCAGCUACAGUUCACGGUCAAAUAGUUCUUUAAGUGAACGUGAACGAAAAACUCCUCCACCUGAAUCAAUAAAACAUCCACAUCAUAAACAAUUACAAAUAAUUCACGAAGAACAGCUGCAACAACCAAUUCUUGCCGCUACAGUAUUACAGGAUGGUAAUGAUGAUGAAGUUAGCAAUUAUCUUCAUAAUCUUUGCUCGAAUAGUGGCGAUGAUAGAUGUAAAGGUGGUAUGUCAAUAUCAGAAAUGCUUAAAAAACAAUAUAAUAGUUGGUUAUCUACAAUCACAGAUCCAAGUGUUCAUAAGUUACUUGAGGAACAGAUUAAAUCAGGUGCUAAAGAUUUCUGUCAACAAAUUCUAAUGAGAAAACAAUGUUCAACAUCACAAUCGCCUAUUCCGACAACAUCAAAUGAUAACCUCUCUCAAAUGUAUGAACAGCGAUUCUAUCAAAUGUCUGAAAAAAAUAGUCAUGAGUGUAAUAGUUCAUGGAUGUUAUCACCGUCUCUAUCAUCCACUAUCCAAUCAACUGAUGAGAUCCAUGGAAAUCUUCUUCAACCAUCAUCUCAACAGUUGCUUACGAACUCAAAAUCAACACCUAUUGAAACACGUUCAUCAUCGUUGAGACGAAUGAAAAGUAAUAAGGAUCAACAACAAAUUAUUAAAACACAUCCAGAAACAGCAAUAGAAGAUACAAAAACGAACAGUCAUAGCAUUAAACGUCGAAAAAUUGAGAUAACGACAUCCGUUCAACGUCCAACAACACGUUCAAGAAGUAUUAGCGAACGUAUGUCAACCGAAGUUAUGGUUGGUAACAAUAAUUUAACGAAACUAAAAACAUCAAAUGUGUUAACUCAUAAUGAACCACUAUCAUCGGAUCACGCUCAUUUUACAACAGACACAAUUAAUUUAAGACAACGUAAACGUAAAGCAUCGAUAAUGGAUACACCUGUUCCUUUGGCAACUGGAACGGGCAUUGUUCAAGAACAACAACCACCAUCACCUACUUAUUCUCAAACAAUAAUUACUCGUAGUACAUCUGAUUAUACAAAACAAUUAGAUGAAAUGAAAAAUCAAUUGAUAAAUGCGAGUUCUUUACGUUCAGUUCCAUCUACAGUCGCAUCAUCAUUCGUAUCAUCGUCUACAGUUAAUUCUAGAAAUCAAUUAUUAGCUCGUCUUAAGGUUAUUGAGCUCUUAAAAAGUCAUAUAUAUCCAACAGAUGCAGAAAUCACGGCAUUUCAACUUCAAAACAGCGAAUUAUUUCCCAAAAAACGUGAUUUAAAUUUACGUAUUCGAGAAAUUCGGCAAAAAGUAAUGACAGCCGCAAAUGCAACUAAAGAUAAAGAAGGACAAUAA